AUGGCUGAGCGAUUGACCGGAUACACCCACUCAGCCGCCUUUGAUAUAGGGAGACUCCGCGUGAGCGAUAUCCAUACUCUGCAUUAUGAGCAGUAUGGUAACCAAGAUGGGAAACCCGUCCUGUUUCUUCACGGUGGACCCGGCGGGCACACCUCAUAUGACAACACCAAAUUCUUCAACCCAGCUAUAUACCGCGUGGUGCUGUUCGACCAACGUGGUGCCGGGAGAUCAACGCCCGCAGCCGAAAUACGCGAGAACACAAGUCAGCACCUAGUCUCCGACAUCGAAGUCCUACGCAACCACCUCCAAAUCGCGAAAUGGCACCUCGUGUUCGGGGGUUCGUGGGGGUCGACCCUGUCCUUGCUCUAUGCACAAGCCUACCCGGAAAUGGUCGGCUCCCUGGUACUUCGGGGGAUCUUCACUGGCAGGAAAUCUGAACUAGAGUUCUCGCGUGGGCCCGUUGGCGCAGCAAACUUGUUCCCUGAAGCUUACGAAGCAUUCAUCAAUUAUCUUCCUGAAAACGAUCGGGCGAAACCCAACGAGGCGUACUAUGAUCUCCUUGUCUCGGAGGACUAUGAGACAAGGGUCGCUGCGGCGAGGGAGUGGAAUCGGUGGGAUUUGAGUAUUGACACUUUGAGACCGCAACCCGAUGGUUUUGCUCAGCUCGAAGAUGAUGCAUGGGUGCUCGCCCAUGCGAGACUUGAGGCGCAUUACUUUGCGAAUGGGUGUUUCCUGGAGGAGGGUCAGAUUCUCAAGGAGGAGAAUUUGAUUAGGAUUAGCCAUAUUCCGACCACUAUUAUCCAGGGCCGCUACGAUAUUGUCUGCGCACCACAGACGGCUUGGGAUCUGCACAAGGGCCUGCCAGACUCGCGAUUGCUUUGGACUCCUGAUGCUGGUCACAGCGCUGGUGAACCUGGCACGCAGGCUAAACUACUUGAGGUCUGUGACGGGUAUGCCGAGCUCGAUUGUACUCACUGA